AUGGCGAAGGCAAAGCGGACCGGAAACGAGGGGUCAGCAAGCCGCUCAGAAGCCCGCCAUCGACAUUCGGAGACGGAGAUUCUUACAUACUCAGCUGCCAUCGAUGUCAUACGCAAAAGAUCAAAUGCUCCGGGGAGAAACCGUGCUCGAGGUGUCGGAGAGCGGGCCAUGCUGCUCAAUGCCGAUACUCGAGUCGCGAUCGUAAGAUACGGGUUGAUGAGAGGUGUACACUUGAUGAUUCUUAUUCAAGACAGCCAGGAGCUUCAUGAGCAACGCCAACGCGCAGGUCAAGAAUCACACCCUUGCGCCACUGCGCCCGCCGUGAAUCCUUCGCCGGAACCUAUUGAAGCUACUGGAAUCACUAUGCAUGAUCGAGCUGUCAGUGAAACGCCGUGGUUCCAACCACAUGGCACUUCCGUGCUUCCCGUCUACAUCAGCGAGGCAGCAUGCACCUCCUUUGCCUCUCGUCUCUGCCAGUGUUUGAGAGACAACGACUCGCCAACUAUUCACCUUCCACAGUGGCGAUAUACUGAUGAGGCUACAUUGGCAGCGUUAUUGGACGAUCACAUACACUGGCCGAGCUUGGCGCAUGCUCAGUUGCUGGUAAAGACUGCGCUUGGGCAUAUCAACCCCGGUUUUCCAAUGGUCUUGAAGAAAGAGACCUUAGAUAUGCUUUGUACAAUCUACCAGAAAGGAGAAUUUGAGAAUCCAGCUCUCAAAUCCAAAUACUUUGCUCUUUUUGCUGUGGGCCACGUCUACUCUACGCCCCAUAACACACGCAAUGCGUCGACAUUACCUGGAACAUCCUACUUUGCUCGAGCCAUGAGUCUUCUACAGAUUACCCCUGAAAGGCCAAGUAUGGUCCAUAUCGAGUGUCUACUACUUUUAGCAUACUUCUGUCAAUUUCUAAACAGAUUUCAUUCCGCUUAUCUUCUCAUUGGCAACGCAUUACGCCUCGGAUUAAGCCUUGGCUUGAAUUAUAAUGUCCCACGAACACAAAAUCUGCAUCCAGUGGAAAGGGAACACCGAGUCCGUAUAUGGUGGACAAUCUAUGUACUCGAUCGCUAUUGGGGAUCAAAGUCCGGAUUUCCCGUACAGAUUCAUGAUGACGACGUUCAUGUCGAUCUACCCUCGGCUUCAGCCUCGGAGACUUACAGCGAGCAAUUUUCAGAUGCUGCAUAUCAGACUGCUGGAAUCAAGCUGGCUGAGAUCACAGGUCACACGACAAGGGAGAUCUAUGGUCGGAAAAAAUCGGCCGAGAGCUUUCUACAGCGUGAGCAAAAGCUUCUGAUUCAGCUAAAGCAAUGGGUUCAAUCUCUUCCCAAACAUCUCAGACUCCAUCCAGAUAAGCCCAAUUCAAAACACACGGUGCUUAUACAUCUUCAAUUUAAUUACUGUGUCAUUCUAGCAAUUCGGCCCGUCCUGCUCAACGUUCUUAUCGGCCACACAAACAAUCUCCCUGGCAGUUCAAAUGAAGAAGUGACGCCAGUACUUGGUACUUUAAGUGAAGCAUGCAUUCACGCUGCCCGAUACUCUCUCAGGCUGUGUCAGGAAGAAUGGAUCAGCGGGUCACUUGCAGUCUAUGGAUAUGCUUUCCCGGCCUUUAUAUUCUCUUCUGCAUUGACUUUGAUGAUAUCAAGCAUGCUUCCCCUGGGAGACCCAUCCGACAUAGCAUCGGUAGAUAUCGCAACAGAGAUGCUUAAAAUUCUCAGUAUUUCCGAUAACUUGGCAGCCAAGGACCUUUAUGAAAAUCUUCAGCAGGUCCGUCUGUGUUUUGAUCAGCAUCAGGCCAAGUUAAAGGCAUCUACUUUGCACUUGGGUCCUCUUACAUCAUCUUCAGCAACACCUGAGCUACAAGACUCAAAUGAUUCAAACCAUCGGUCCAACCUCAAUCUCGACCCAAAUGCUGUCCUUCUGGGCACUGAGCAUCUGGGUCCACAGCUAACGACGGAAAUGGCCCUUCACAAUCCUCUGAUGCAAGACUUUCUGACUCAGUCUGCAAUGCAAAUCGGGUUUAUGAAUCCUCCAGAGUUGCUGAAUGAUUUCGACAUGGCUUUUGGAUGGUCGUCUGACUCCCUGUACACCGAAUAG